AUGUCCAACAUCCACAGCUUCGCAACUCCUCCACCAGCUCCGGCCACCAGCAACUCCCGCUAUCCCGGCUGGGUCCUCCUCAGCUCGACGGUCUUAGUCAGCGAUGUCCAGAACGAAACCACGGCGGGAACCUUGACUAGGGCGGGCCUCCCCAUCCAGGCAUCCUUCGUGUUCGCCGAUCCGCCGCGCCUCUCCCACUUCUGCGUCUACUGCCUCAACAGCUACGAGAUCUCGUUCGUCAACGCGCCCAGCGUCGUUUGCUCCGUGGAGGACACGGCCCUCAUCAAAGUCAUGAUCACCGCUAAAGACUCGCCGCACUACUUCCUCUACCGGACCAGAGGGCCCAGCGGCGGGCCGUCGCUCGACCUGCUCCCAGACAUCCGUCAGUACUCUAAAACAGAGCGUCUGUUCCCAUCCCUCGGUUUCGUCACCCAUGGCAACGGCAAGCAAUUCGUCAUGGCAGCUCUCAGUUACGGAGCAAAGCAUGGGCAGUACAAUCUCCACACCAUCGUCGCCUCCCAGCCGCAUGCUACAUGGUCCAAGAAGCUGUUGAAGGUGGAGAUUCCAAACGGCCAUACCGCGAAAUCGGUAACGGUUCAACCCACCAAGCUGAUCGCUCUUGGAGGUGGACUGCUUGGCUGGGUCGAUCUCUGGAAGGGCAUCGUGAUCUGCGACGUGCUCGAUCCCCGAGCGGCGACGGCGUCUUUCGCCCCUAUGCCCAAGCUGCUGCCCAGCAACAGCGAACUCUUCGGCAACCAGUAUUCGGCACGGUCGAUUCGCGACGUCGCCUUCAGUUGUGGUUACAUCAAGUGUGUCGAGUUUGAGGAACUGGUAAAACUCAGACCAGCACCUGAACCAAUUGUUGUUGAUCCCUCAAACAUGGAUGAACUCCUGGACUCGGAACUGGCCGUCAGUCCACCCCAGGAGGAGGAGGAGGAGGAGGAAGUAUAUGAUGUCGUUGGUUGGAGGCUCGUCACAUGGUAUAGGGAACUGACUUGGAACAGGUGGCGCAAGGGGAGCCUGGUUCAUUCCGAUCACCUUGCUGCUACUGUGUCCUUGCCUCAGCUAGGAGGCGGUGCUGCUCUAAAUGUGACGUUUAAGAGCCUGAAAACAGCUUCUCCCACUCUGCGUGCCGAUGCCGAUAUUGUUUACCUCGUGUCCAUGCUGGACGAGGAUGACGAUGACCAAACAUUAUGGAUUGUCACAGUUGACACUAGGACCAAGUCACUUGGAGAGGUUAUGCCGUUUUCUGCACAUCCCUCAAGAAUUUACGAUCCACCAUUCAUUCCAUGUGUGCUGACCAAAUAUCUGGAUACUAAAUCAGAUGGAGCUCGGGGAGGCAAGCGAAAUGCUUCCCAUGUCCCACUUUCACCAAACUUCAGCGAGUCGAAGAAACAGCAGCAGGCAGAACUAGAAGAGCAGCAACCAGUACCGCGCCUUCUGCGGAACUCAUCAGAUAAUAGUUAGUAGCAUUCGCCAAGUUUUAGAUGUAGAACUUGAAAUAGUUGUCGUAUAAAUAGUUUCUUAGGCAUGAUACUUGAUUGAAUGAUCCCUGCAUUGUUGCAAUCUAAGGCGGACCUAUUAGUCGUAUGUAUAAUUCAGUCUUCUAAUUUUAGUUUGUCA